AUGAAGAUAGUCUCGAUAAAUGUCAAUGGGCUGAGAGCAUUUGAUGAGAAAAACCAUGGCAAUUUCAACAAAUUCUGUCUAGAUCUCCUCCAGGCGGACAUUGUUUGUCUACAAGAAAUUAAAGGAUCUGAUGGCUCACUAUCCAAAUACCACGCUCUUGAAGACUACCAGACGUUCAGCUCCUUUUACAAAAAGGGAAGACACGGAGUGUCCACUUUGGUGAGAAAAAAUUUGUUCUGCGGAAAGUGUGAAGAGAUAAUGCCUGGAAGAAUCUUAAAAACAUGCCACGGCAGCUUUUCCAUUUACAAUUGCUACAUGCCGUAUUAUGACGAAAGCAAAGAGGAGAUAAGACAAAAAUACAUAGAGGCUUAUGAUAAAUUAAGGUUAAAUUUGCCAGAGACCAGCGUAAUACUGUGUGGUGACUUCAACGCUACUUAUAACAUGCUAGAUCACUAUCAGUUUGUUGCUGAGCUAAACACACUGAUCAGUGUUAAUAGAUGGCAGCCACAUUCUGAGCUAUUGGCUCGCUUUGAAAAGAUAAGCUUUAGGAAGUUUGGUGAAAACAUUGAUAAAAGCUUGGACAUUACACCCAAAAUGAAAGAAAAGUGGAAAUUGUGGAAGUCAAUUGUCGAAACUGCCGAUGAAUUUAUGGAUCAAAGCAUGAAGAAGGACAGAGUGGAGAAGAUAAAUCCCAGCAAGGUGGAAUUACCCUACCACUUCUUUAGCUUGAAAGAACUGGAAGACUAUUUUUAUGAGGUGUAUCAAAGAGCAUGGAUGAAGAAGCUUGUGGACUGCUAUGUUGAUACAUUUAGGUUGUUCAAUGAUGGAUUGUCGAAAUAUACCUGUUGGAAUACGAUUUUUAACUUGAGACCAGCAAACCUGGGCACAAGAAUUGAUUAUAUUUUGUGUUCGAAGGAUAUUAGAUGUACCAAGUCUGGGAUAUUACCCGAAAUAAAGGGGUCCGACCACUGUCCAGUCUUUGCCGAGUUUGAAGUUGAACCCUACGAAGAGGACGGCGUUAAUCUUGCAAAAAGGAAAAAUAAUCUGCUUGCAUUUUUCAAGCCAAAAACCAGCUAA